AGCGUGAGGAGUCAUGGCUGACCAACUCUUGCGUGAAAAGAGAAGAAUUUUUAUCUGUUCAGUGGGUGCAGGCACAAUAAAUGCCUUGCUGGGUUGCCUAUUAGAAGAUAGAGUUAUUAGCCAAGAAGAGACAAACAAAGUGAGAGAUGAAAAUGAUGCCAUCCUGGAUAAAGCUCGAGCCUUGAUAGCCCUUGUUAUUGGAAAAGGACCAGAGUCUUGCUGCAAAUUUAUCAAGCAUCUCUGUGAAGAAGACCCUCCACUUGACUCAAAGAUGGGUGUGCACAAAGGUAAGGAGGAAUGA